AUGGCGAGCAAUGACUCGUUCUUACCGGCCUUCAUCCGGCACCCCUUUGUCGAGACCUUCACAUGGCUCUACAUAACCUUACAAGCCGUGCUGACUUGGAUUUUUUCUCCCGUCCCCCCUCCUCCAACCGCUCAAAAUGCAAAUAUUCCUCGAAAGAGGGUUGCAGUCAUUGGUGCAGGCGUGACUGGUGUAUCUUCGGCUGCACACUGUGUUGGCCAUGGCUUCGAUGUCCAACUAUUUGAAUCUAGACCCAAAGAACAAGGCCUGGGUGGCAUCUGGAGUCGAGUCAAUUCUACCUCCGCAUUGCAAGUCCACAGCGUCAUGUACCGUUUCCAUCCCUCGGUCAGCUACACCAGCGCAUAUCCUACUCAGCAACAAAUCAAAGACCAAAUUGUUGCGUUGUGGAAACGCUAUGAUUUGGAAAGGCGUACUGUCUUUGACACGAAAAUCACUUCCGUGAAAAAGAACAAGGACGGCAAAUGGAUUAUCAAUGACGACGAAGAGCAGUAUGGCCUUUUCGAUGGCAUCUUGGCUUGCGUGGGCGUGUGUGGCGAUCCCAAGAUGCCACCCCUGCCCAAUCAAGACAAAUUCAAGGGCGAAAUCUACCAUUCCUCCGAGUUGGACGGCAAAGACGCGAAAGGCAAGAAGGUGCUUAUCGUGGGUGGCGGCGCCAGCGCCAUUGAGGCCCUGGAGUUUGCCGUUAAAAACGGUGCUGCUGAGAUUGAUGUCCUUUCCCGGUCCGACAAAUGGAUCAUUCCUCGCAAUGUGCUAGUACAGUCUUUGCUAGCAUGCAACAUCUUUGGCCAGGAAACCGCUCUUUCAUGGAUCCCCGAAGGGUUGCUGCGCAAGUUCUUCUACCGUGAUCUCCAAGAUAUUGCCCCGACAGACAAAGGUGUCUUUACCCAGACCCCAAUGGCCAAUGAUGAACUGUUCAACCAAAUCCGCGAGGGCAAAGCCCACUGGUUGCGAGGUGACAUUGUUUCUCUGGAGGAAUCGGGCGUUAACUUCAACUUCCGAUCCAAGGGUGUCCCCAAGGGAGGACCCGGCCAGGAGAGACUGGUUGAAGGAGAUAUUAUUGUCAUGGCGACUGGUUUCAAGCGACCCUCGUUGAACUUCUUGCCCGAGGAAGUAUUCGAGGAACCGUAUGGCCCGCCCAGCUGGUAUUUGCAAGUCUUCCCUCCCAAAUACCCCGACAUUUGCGCAAACAACAGUACCUACGUCGAUGCCAUCGGUACAGUGGGAAAUAUGCACAUUGGAAUUUACACACGAUUCUUGCUCAUGUUCCUCACCGACCCAUUGACCCGUCCUACCGAACAGUGGAUGAAGACGUGGAUUGACUUCACGAGGUUCAUGAAGCGCUUCGCUCCUACGGAAGCAUUUGACUUCUUCACCUAUGCUGAGCUGAUCUAUUGGUACUUCUUUGUCCUGGUCAUCAACCCAUUCCGUUGGAAGUGGGCACUCUUUGUGUUCUUCGGAAUUGGCCGUGGCUUGCCUUUGAUGGUUGUGGCGCAAGAGAACUCGUUCCGCAAAGAGCUAAAAAAGGAUCGCAACGCCAACAAGUCCGAUAAGUCUAACAAAUCCGACAAGUCCGAGAAUUCGAACAAGUCGAACAAAUCGAACAAAUCGAACAAGUCCACUAAAGCUCACUGA